UCUGAGCAUUACUACCCUUUGAAAAUUUGGAGGCAGACAUGACGAAGCGAAGUUGGAAGGAAUCAAUGAAGGCAUUUGGGAGUCAUGUUGAUCCUGAAAAGGAAGAGCAGUGGAAAUGGAUGAAAAUAGGUAAUUAUUCGAUUCCAGAACAACCUCGACCCUUUGAAUGUUAUUGGAAGUUGUGGGAUAACGCGUUAGAGGCAAAAAGAAGGCAAUAUAAAGCGAAUGUUCGAGCACAAAUUUACCCCCAACGUGGUGGAUUUAUGUGGUAUACAGAAUGCCAAUUGGUUCGCAAAAUUGAGAAUAAAGUAAAAAGGAUUGCAAAGCUAAUCAAGAAAAUAAACCAAGGUAGUAGAGAAGGAAAUUUGAGGAGAAGAUCAGAAUUGCUUCAACUUGUUGAUGAAUUCCACAUACAGUACAAGUCCCUCUAUUCGGUGUACGAUGAUCUCCGAGGGGAAGUAAGGAAAAAACUUAAUGAAGAACAUGAGGGCGAUUUAUCAUCUCAAUCUUCUUCAUCGUGUUCGAAUUCAGAAUCAUAUUUUAGCCCCGAGGAAUUGACCGCGAAAAGUAGUUCAUCUUGUUCCAAUUAUGAGCCUCUUGAUGAGGAUGCUAUUUUGAAGGACAAAGUUAUAACUUCAAAUAUUGAAGUGAUGAAGGGGGGAAGUGUCGAAAGUUAUGAUAUGGAAAAUUUUGAGACACCGAUGUCUUAUAGCCGAGGGUCUGAAUCAGGGGAAUUCUUCAAAGACUUGAGGAUUCAAGGUGAAGAGAAGUUUAUAGAUGAAUCUGAAUGGUUCCAAGAGAAAGUAAAAGAAAAAGAAGACGAAAUCUUGUAUCUGACCGAUGAUUUUGAGCUUCGAGAGAAGGAGAGAUUGUCUCAAAUGAAGGGCUUAGAGGAUCAAAUUGCUAGUAUGAAGGUUGAAUUAAAUAACUUAUGUGUUCAAAAGAGAGAACUUGAAGAGCAACUCGGGUGCAAGUCGAAUGAACUUCAGCAAAUGGAAGAUACUAACUCGGGACUGCAAUCUCGUGUGUUAGAGCUAGAAGCAACCUUCACAGAAAUUGAUGAAAAUCUACUCAACUCAACGUCUAGAAUAGAUGUUCUUAUGGCAAAAUCACACGUUCUUCAGCAAGAAGUGGAUCGUUUAAACGCUGAAAAGCAUGAAUUGGAACAAAAGUUGUUAAAUGAAACCAAGAAAGGAUCAGAAAAAGUCAAGGAGUUAGCAGAAAAAACACAUUUUUCAGAACUACAACACGUAAAUGGUCCACUGCAGCAAGAAGUGGACCGUGUACGUGUUCAAAGGAAUGACUUAGAACAAAAGUUGUUACAUGAAACCAACAAAGGAUCGAAACAAGUUAAGGACUUAUAUUUUUCAGAACUACAGAAAUCUGAUUUGGAGCUGUCACUCGAAAAGAAGUCUCACGAGGCAUCUGACCGAGUUAAGGAUUUAACAGAAAGGACUAAUGAUUUGCAACAUGAGUUGGAAGCCUUAAGAAACCAGAAUUGUGAAUUAGAGUUGUCACUCCAAGAAAAAACUCAAGAACUAUCAGAAUAUCACCUUCCGAUAGAAAAUCUGAAAGGGGAACUAACGAGCACUACUUCAUCCGAAAAGGGGCUAACAAAAGCAACGGAGGGCUUAAAAUCGGAGGUGAACUUACUCAUGGAUGCAAAAUGUGACAUGGAAGAGAAGAUAAUGGAUAUGAAUCAAGAAGCUUAUCAUUCAGAGUUACAAAAAGAAAAGCUGAAUGAUAAGAUCAUGGAAUUGGAAACAAAACUAUUAGGAAAAGAAACAGAGGUGGGAAUUCUUCAAAAGAAGCACGAGGCUUACAUGAACGAUAUGUCGGCUCAAGGUUCAACAUUGACAGCGCGAAUCAACAAUAUUCAAAAGCAGCUGCAAACCGCGGAAACUGAAAAAUCAAGAUUUCAGUCUCAGCUUGAGAAGGAAAAACAUGAAUUUUCCCAAAGUCUAAUGCAGAUGGAAAAGAAAAAUACCGAAUUGACUAUCAAGAUCGCGGAGCAGGAGAAAACUUUACAAGGGAUGCAAGAUGUUGUAAACAAGUCAAAAGGGGAACAUAAGCAAAUGCAAAUCAAGUUAGAGGAUUCCAAAUUAAAUUUCCACAAUGCUGAAAGAAAACUAGGAGAAAUGACGGAGGAACUACGCAAGUCAUUUGAAGACAGUUUACGAAUCUUGAGCAGAAGGAUCCGCGUGGCAGAACAAAUGCAUAUCGAGAACAAGGAGUGGUACCAAAAAACCAGAAACUCAUACGAGAAAGAGAACAAAGAUCUAAAAGAGAAAAAUGCAAGAAAUGAAAUGGGGUUGAGGGGAAUUAAGGAUAUAUCGUUGACAGCUAGCGAUUUGUUAGGUUCACUAGACACUGUGGCACUCAAGUUUGAGGAAUGCACUGCUCAUUUCUUGAAUCGAAUAUCAAAGAAUUCAUGCGAGCUGCAAUUUGUAAAAGAUUGGGUGAUGAGGAAAAAUAAAGCAAUGGCACACGUGAAAGAUGACUUUGAUUGCUUACUUGCACAAUGUGAUGACAAAGAAUCUGAGAUAUUGAAGUACAGAGAGAAAGUUUGGAAGUCAGAGAACAAAGUUAGGGAACUAGAGAAGAUGAUCAAGGACAGAGAGGAAUCAGUGUUGUCUCUCAAGGAGGAAAAACGAGAGGCGAUUAGGCAAUUAUGUGUAUGGAUUGAUUAUCAUCGUAGUCGGUCUGAUUACUAUAAGAGGAUCUUGCUAACUGAAUUUGGUCGGAGGAGCGCUCCCUAG